AUGGAGUGUACUUGGCCAGCUUCACGGAAACUUCAGGAAAAGGUAAAGGAAGAACUGCUCCGAGGGCAUGAACUUGCAAAUCAGCUUCGCUCGGUAGUCGGUAAUAGUGAUGGUGGAUUGUUGGCCAAAGGUUUUGUUAAGAAGAUUGUGUUCUCGUUCACGACUAGCCUUUCCCUCUUAACUGGGAAUCAUGAGUCUAAGGGGGAGCAUAUUCAAGUCAGUACUGGUAGUAGUACUUUUGCUCUUCCUACUAUAGUAGAAUCAUCUUCCAGCUGGGAUGCUCUCAAGACGAUCAAGAGUAGGGAAACGUUUACGGAUAGUAGUAGUUCUUCCAAGAAAAGAAAAAUUUCACACUCAUGGAGUAGAGACGCUCCUGAUUUCAAUGAUGAUGGUCAUGCAUGGAGAAAGUACGGCCAGAAACAGAUCCUUAAUGCCUGGCACCCAAGGAGCUACUUCAGGUGCAGUCAUAAGUAUGAACAAGGCUGCAAGGCGACCAAGCAGGUGCAGAAAGUUGAAGAUGAUCCAUCGUUGUUUCGGACUACAUAUUUCGGAAAUCACACAUGCAAACAUAGCUUACUCAAAUCUCCUGAACUCAUCCUUGAUAACAUAAUCGGUGGUAGUCCCAUAGAAGAGUCUAAUUCCACGUUUAUGAUCACAUUUGAGAACAGGGGCGGAUCCAAGCCUAGGGUUAUCUAG